CCAAGCUGCUGCAGUUCUGUGAGACGCUGUUAAUAGCCAAGCAGUGUGAAAACAACAUGUUCAGCCUGGAUCUGCUCUGUGAAAAAGCCAGGAAUCUGAGCGGAUAGGAGGAAGUGUGACACACAGUGACAUUUAUUACAACAAGCUUUGGAGAUCAACAGCUGCCAAGUGAGGGAUAUCACGAUGCAGGUGUUGGUGGGACUGAUAUGUCUAUGCCACUGCAUCUUGGGACAGCUGUUUGAGCCCAAACAGAAAGGAGCGCCGCGACUGAUUUGCAGCAUCCCCGGGCCACCAGGCCUGCCCGGCAAACCGGGUCCCGGUGGGCCUCCAGGAGCAGAUGGGAAUGUGGGUAUCCCUGGAAGAGAUGGCAGAGAUGGCAGGAAGGGGGAAAAGGGAGAAAGGGGAGAUCCAGGGCCAAGGGGCAAGGUAGGCUCAACAGGUAAGAUCGGAGCGCGAGGUGAGCGUGGCCAUGCAGGGAAACGAGGUCCGAUGGGAGAGAAUGGGGAUCUGGGCUUGCCUGGUCCUCUAGGCCGUAAUGGAGAGAAGGGGGACAGGGGGAAACGAGGAGCCAGCGGAGCUGCAGGAAUCUGCAAAUGUGGCAGCCUGCUGCCAAAAUCUGCUUUCUCUGUGGGAAUAACAAGCAGCUACCCUACAGAAAAGAUCCCCAUCAAGUUCAACAAGAUCCUCUUCAAUGAAGGCGGACACUACAACCCACAGACGGGCAAGUUCAUCUGUGCAUACCCAGGCGUUUAUUAUUUCUCUUAUGACAUCACACUGGCCAACAAACACCUGGCCAUUGGUCUCGUGCAGAAUGGUCAGUAUCGCAUCAAAACCUUUGAUGCAAACACAGGAAACCACGAUGUGGCCUCUGGGUCUACUGUCAUGUACCUGAACCCAGAAGAUGAGGUGUGGAUGCAGAUUUUUUUCGAAGACCAAAAUGGUUUAUUCGCAGACCCCGGCUGGGCUGACAGCUUGUUCUCUGGCUUCCUGCUCUACGCAGACACAAACUACUUUGACACACUGGCCGAAGACUAUGCAUAGCAUAUGGAAAAAACAUAACAAAACCACAAACUGUCAGUCACUGUUGGUUUGAUAUUUUAAAAAGCAUACAGUAUUGUUAAAACUAUGUUUUUUAUACAAGUGUUAGGACUGCUACUUGUGUAAUUAGUACAGAUAAUUGUCUGAUGAUUUGACCUGUAUUAUCUGGUAAUGCUUGAAUUUUUUGAUUGAUUUGAGUGGGAGUUGGGUAAGUAUUGUCUUAAAUAAAUAUUCCUGAGCGGUCUAGAACAGUUUGUUUUAUUUCCCAAAAUAGGCAAAGAUGAAACAUGUGAGAGUGAGAAAAAACUUUUACAGAAAAUUCCCCCUGCCUUUUGCCUGAGGAGAGCUUGCAGAACCUUGUGACCCUGGAUAAAUAUAAGUGGGUAUACGUAGACGAUUACUGGAUGGAUGCAUGGAUGGAUAGAUGGAUGGAAAACAUGUAGAAAUCUGGAUUUGUUAUAAUAAAUCCCUUGCAUUUAAAGAUAGCAUGAGCUAAUUUCAGGCACUAACUGAAACAUAUCCCUAUAUUGUGCAAAAUGAACAUUGUAAAUUCAAUCAAAUUUAAUAAAGUAAACUUUUGGCAUUCAUGGUCCAUAUAUGAA